ACCGGGAGGAGAACACCGCUUGCUUCCUUGUGCUCCUCUGCAAGUAUUGCUGGUAAUAUAUCGCUCUCCUGUAAGGUUAGUAUCAACCUUACAUAAGUGUGUAGUGGGUACGCUGAUAUGCAGUUGGUAUAUAAAUGAUCAAUGAGAGAUGAUUCUUGCAGCGAUAAUUAUAUAAUAUAUAAAUAAGAAUUAUUAAAAUACUUUAUAAUUCUUUUGGGAAACGUGACAAGAAUAUUUUUUUUUAGUAAAUAUUCUACAAAUAGUUAAAGGUAAUUAACAAUAUACUUGUCGAGAACACGCUACGUCGAACUCUUAAUUAUUCACUGUGAGAUUUCCAAGGAAUGCUAUAGGCUGCCACGUGCCGGUCCCGAGUGAUGCUCCGUAACGCGAGACGGGAGCUACUGUUGCCCCACCUGCAUGGAUGCUGCUUCAAGACCAGCUGGCAGCCGCCUCCCAGUGGGGACAAUAUCCACGUGUAACGUUGAUGCAACGUCACUCUUGGGUGUUGGGCCUAUUGCAGUGUUAAACAUUGAUUCUCCGUCACUUUUGGGCAGAGACAGCAUGGGAGACGGGUCAUUGGAUGGGAGAGGUGAGAGUGGACGGAAGGGACAGCUUGUGCAUUUAUUACUCAUCUCAAAUGUCAGUCCACGUACGUAUGUAUUUUUGUCCUAUUUACUGUGCGCGCGCGUGUGUACUCGCUUAAUUGUGCUUACGGAGGUUGAGCUACAGCUCUGUGGUCCCGCCUCUCAACUGUCAAUCUACUAGUGUACAAGUUCCUGGGCUUGUAGAGCUCUAUCGUGUGUCUGUGUGUGUGAGCCCAAUCAACCUAACCAAUGCAUCUCUUGCCCUUUUAUGAUCUUCUAAUGGUUAAUUUGUAUUAAUCUUGUUACUACAUACUGUGUAUAUAUUUCACGAAAGAUUGUAUAACUCGCCUCUUUCCAGAGACAUCCUUGGAGUGAGUCAGAAUGAGUGACUCCCCCACACGUGAAGCCUGGUGUUGGGGCCCCUUCGUCAGGCAGGUGGUGGUGGGGGCGGUGGUAUCGGCGACCAUGCUGCAGGUGGGGUUGAUGCUCGGGUGGCCUGCCGUGCUUCCCGACCUGCAGGCAGACAACUCCACCGCCUUCAACCUCACCGACAACGACGUCAAGUGGCUCGUAUCGAGCACCGGCUUGGCAGGGAUGUUUGGAAACCUGUUUGCCGGUACGCUGAUGGAGGCAGUGGGACCCCGACGGCUGCUCACGCUACUGCUGAUGCCUGCCUCAGUCUUCUGGCUAGUGCAGGCCUUCACGCCCUCCUUGCCUGUUAUAUACGUUGGUCGCUUGGGAGGGGCGCUCGUGGCCAACGUGAUCACCACCAUCACCUGCCCGCUCUUAGCAGAGCUCCUCGAACCGGACUACCGCGGUCUGCUCUGCUGCCUUCCGGAGUUCAUGGUGUCUGUAGGUCUGCUGGUGGCCUAUGUGCAGGCUCACCGCCUCACCUGGCAGCUUGCGACUGCGGUUUCUGCUGUACCCCUUCUGCCGCUCUGCCUCUUGACGUUGGCAGUCCCAGAGUCUCCGUUCUGGCUGGCGCGACGAGGCCGUCUUCAGGAAGCUGAAGUAUCCUUGCUAGUUCUUCGGGGACGUGUAAAACAUAUGCAGAAGAAUGAGCUUCCUGACAUCCGCAGGAACAUCGAGGAACAUCCCCAGACCACUUAUAAAGAUCAGAUAAAGCAGCUGCGAGUGAUGGAACACCUGCAGCCGGUGGCGGUGUUGGUGGCUGUGUUUGUCCUCCGAGAGCUGGGGGGUCAGUACGCUGUGUUCUCCUACACAGUCUACCUCUUCCAGCACGCUGGACUUCACCUCGAUGCUUUCACCUGCACCGUCUUAGUGGGAGUCGCACGCCUCAUUGCUACUUUCGUGUCUUCACUGUUGUUAGAUCGAGUCGGGCGACGGCCGUUCUUCAUUGGCACCUCAGCUGCCUGCGCUAUUUCUGUUGCUCUUGGAGGUUUCUUUCUGCUGUUGGACAUGCCGGGCUCGUCAUGGGUUCCACUGGCUGCUGUUCUGAUGUUCGUAGUGGCGUAUGGGUUGGGUGUGGGGCCCAUUCCAUGGGUCCUUCUUGGAGAGUUUCUUCCUACACCAGUCAGGUUCAUCGGCGCCUCCAUCACUACCUUUUUCUUCGCCUUCACGCUGUUCGUGGUCGGCUUCGUCUUCCCGGAGCUGAUGAGGGUGGUGGGAGCCGGAGGAAGUCUCCUCAUCUUUGCCUUCUUCAACGUGGUCUUAGCAGUGGUGGUGUGGAUCUUCCUGCCGGAGACAGGGGGACGAACCCUCAACCAGCUGCAAGCGGCGUUUAACAGCAGACCAGCUGCCCGCCCACUGUUCCACGUGGUGGCCAACACCGACUCACAAGAGGACGUUCUCCAGCAGCCUCCGCCAUAGACACUAUGUAAAAAGACACCUCGAACACUGUUUAUUGUAGGACAGACGUAAACCUGUGUAUUUAUGUUUGUAGGUUAGCUUAGAAAUUUAAAAGCGCUACAGUCACCGUCUGUGGUUGAUUGUUCAAUAAAUCACUGAAAUAUAUGUUUAACAUGUCUCUGACCCUGUCCAUGGAGGACAGAAGAAAAUGUAUAAAUGUUGGUUAGCAUUGUAAAUGUGUGGCCACGUUUGUGGUAGAAAAUAAUAAUAUAAAAAAAUUCAGUUUCAAAAAAUUAUGAUGUUUAUAACCCGUCCUUCAUGAACAUUCCACUUUCGUUGUACGUUAGAUGUUAAAAUGCAUUACUAUAAUGAGUAAUAUACGUGAAUGUGUAUAAUGUUAUAUAUGUGUGAAUUUGUCCGAUUUUAUUUUUUUAUUCUAUAAAAGAUUAAGGUGUGUAGAACGUUCAUCCUCCGCUACUUCAGGUUUGUCGUGGAAACAUUAAACAGGCGGUGCUCCGAGCAGUGAGGCCUUCGGUGUAGGGGGGGGGGCCCACCUGGACCUAGAUUCACGAAGCUCCAUGUAUUCCUAAGUAUGUGUGCUAUGAAGGUUCCUAAGAACGCGCUAAAGUGCGAUUCAGAAAAGUGUACUUACAAAGAGAUUUAAGUAGUUCACUUAGGUCUCGCUAGAUGUCACUAGGGCUUUUAGUUUGGCCAAUCAGAGAGAAGGUAACAUUUUUCAUCUUUCAGCUGUAGCCAAUCACGACGCUGGCAUAUCGGAGCUUAUCCGUGAUCACUUGCCACUUAUUUACGUCGAAUUUCCUUAUAAAUUUAGUAUAUUUCGAAGUAAAACUAUGGUUUUUCAACUUCUACCUUUAGCACCGACAUUAUAGCAAACAAAUAUGUUACAUUUUUUGUUUACCUACGUAAUUCUAAGAGAUAUUGUGUAGCUGUCCUUGUCGCUCCCAAAAUUUGAGAAGCGAUGGUAUUUAUUUACGUAUAUAUUUACCUAAAUUUACCCAAGGGCCACUAACUAUCUAGUGGCCUCGACGAGGACAAAAAGCCAAGGGCUUGUUAAGUACCGCCAAUUGUCCUAAGGAUAUUUUCUAGCUAAAUUUUGGCAUUUACGGUUUCAGCGGGUAGACAGUUCCAUGGGUUUAUAACCCUCUUGGUGAAAAAACAACUGUUUUCAGUCCUACUUGAGAGGACAUACUC